CGGGGCUUUGACUGUCAUAGACACGUGGACCGGGAAGUAGGAAGUAAAUACAGAGGAGGCGAGGUGCCACUGGAAAGAAGUCUGGCACCAUGCUGGAAGGCUACAGCCCUGUGACCCAGGCCCUGCUGGGGACUCUGUUCACCUGGGGACUGACUGCUGCCGGAGCAGCCCUGGUGUUUGUCUUUUCUAGCCGACAGAAGCGCAUCUUGGAUGGAAGUUUGGGCUUUGCAGCUGGGGUAAUGCUGGCUGCUUCCUAUUGGUCGUUGCUGGCACCGGCGAUCGACAUGGCUGAGGAUUCUGGGAAGUAUGGCUCAUUCGCUUUCUUGCCCGUGGCUAUUGGAUUCACACUUGGGGCGGCCUUUGUUUACUUCGCUGACCUGGCCAUGCCCCUGCUGGGUGUUGGUGCUGACCCCCACACAGCCUUGGCUCUUACCCCCGACUCCAAGCUGGACAAAGAGAGAGCAGACGAGCCGUCGUUCCAACCCUUCGACUCUGAUGAGAUGACCAUCAGGAUAGGUAGAGCUGGACCUCUCUCAGGAAUGGAUAAUGGAGACGUGUACCAAAGGAGGAGAGGACCUCAUUCUGCCAGCUCAGAUGGACAGGAAACAGGAAGUAAACAACAAGAAGGGGUUGGGCAGACGGCAAGCAGCUGGCGACGAAUCGUUCUCCUCAUCCUUGCCAUCACCAUCCACAACAUCCCAGAGGGUCUGGCUGUUGGGGUUGCAUUCGGAGCCAUUGGAAAGACUUCAUCGGCUACUUUUGAAAGCGCCAGAAAUUUGGCCAUCGGUAUUGGCAUCCAGAAUUUCCCAGAAGGCCUGGCAGUGAGCCUGCCGCUCCGGGGUUCAGGGGUCUCGGCAUGGAGGGCCUUCUGGUAUGGCCAGCUGAGCGGUAUGGUAGAGCCCAUUGCUGGGUUGCUAGGCGCUGUCGCUGUUGUCUUGGCAGAACCUCUCUUACCGUACGCGUUGGCGUUUGCUGCCGGAGCGAUGGUUUACGUGGUGGUGGAUGACAUCAUACCUGAGGCUCAAGUCAGUGGCAACGGGAAGCUGGCAUCGUGGACCUCCAUCCUGGGCUUCGUAGUGAUGAUGUCACUGGACGUCGGGCUGGGCUGAGCUCACCGCGACAACAAACCGCUCAAUGGCCAUGAUGUCAUCGCUGUGCUGCUGGCAUCACUUUUUAAAAAGGGGACCAAAUGAAGUGUUUUAUUCUGAAACACUAUUUAUCCAUUUUGUUUGAAUCGCUGCUACUUGAAAUUCAGCACAUAGAGGUAUACAAGGUAUACAAGUUGUGAGGAUGACUGUACUUGAAAAGUUCUCUUAAAUGUGUUCUAUUUUCAUGCAGCAGUUGCCGUUUUCUUUUUUAAAUAAAUUGCAGACAUCUAAUUUAGAAAUUAAUUUAUGACUAUUUAAUGAAUAUUCUCCUGAUUCCAGAGCUUGUGAGUGUUUUGUUUAGAGGAGUGGCUUUUUGAGUUCUUCUUUUAAUUUGAAAAACAAACAUUGCCAGUCAUGAAAGUUAAAUGAUUGUUAUUUCUUAGUUUAAUUCUUCCAUUUUUUGUAUUUCGUCAUGAGGGCAAUACUUGAAGUCUGGUUGAUUUGGUAAUUUAUGGGACCGCAAAUGAAUGAUUAGAUUUUCCUUACAUCGUCUUGAUGUAAGGAUGUUUUUUUUCAUGUGUAUGUGUACACAAUUUAGAGUUUUUACAACGAUUAAAGUACUUUGUUGACUUGUC